CAAAACCCUAAUCUUAGUUUGAGCUAUCUCUCUUCCUCUCUUUUUUUCAUAGUGUAAAAUCCUUACACUACACCAAAAUCAUGGUUGAGAAGAACAUUAUGUCUACUUUCCUUUUGGUGUUGUCUUUAAACUUAGGAAUGAGUUUUGGAGUAGAGACAUUGCAGACAUGGUGUAUUGCAAAGCCUUCAACACCAGAUUCAACACUGAAGAACAACCAAUUUUAUGCCUGUGAUCAUCUCGACGAACACGAUUGCGACCCCAUUGAACAAGAUCAUCCUUGCUACAACACAAAUUCACUCAUGCUUCAUGCUUCAUUUGCCAUGAAUCUUUACUUUCAAAGAAAAGGAAGGCACCCUUGGAAUUGUGACUUUGGCAAAUAUGGUCUUAUCUCCCUAAACAAUCCAAGCAUUGGCAGCUGCAUUUUAAGUGGUGGAGAAAUUUCAGUGGACUUAUCUUCUGUGGGAAAGUGGUGUGUGGCUAAUCCAGUGAGCAAUAAUCAGAUGCUGCAGGACAACAUUGACUAUGCCUGCAGCCAUGUAGAUUGUAGCCUAAUUAAAACUGGUGGUGCUUGUUAUGAUCCAAGUAACCUCAUAAGCCAUGCCUCAGCUGCCAUGAACCUUUUCUAUCAAGCCAAUGGGAAGCAUGAUUCGAGCUGCGAUUUCAUGGGUACCGGCGUAAUUGUCAUAACUGAUCCGAGUUAUGGCGAUUGCAAAUUCGAGUAUCUUAACUGAGUUUUAAAAAUAAUCCAAAGAAUGGUUUUCAGAGAAGUACUUAAUUAAACAAAUGAGAUGAUUAUGAUAUUUGAAUUGGCUUUUGCAGCCUAUCUUAUGAGUGAUUAGUGUGGUUACUUGUAAUAAGUUUAAAGAGCUUUUUGUUUGUUUUGUUUUUUGAGCUGUUUUAUAAGAGUUAGAACAUAACAAGUUGUGAAUAAAGAAGAUUAAUUUCUUAGAUAUCUCUUUUGCUUUGUUGUACCAUUUUA